AUGAAGAGCUAUGACUUUCUGUCGGAUUCCAAUGUCACUGUUAUCCCUCUUCCUGCGACCUUAGAGAUUGGCGCACAGACUGAGGAGGAGAUGCCCAACCAGAACCAUGUCAAGACACCACAAUCCGAAACCCCCAUGGGAGGCCGCAAAGACAAGAGCUCAACGCCCUAA